GAAAAACAUCAUAUUUUCCAAGAUAACAUAGGCUACAGAGUCAACGCGCCAAGCGGCUAUGGGUGCGCCGGCGGUCCGGGCGCGAUGAGCGGCGGGGGCGAGAACGCGCAGUUUGGCGCCACCGCCGCGAUGGUCGCCGCGGCCACGACGGCCGCGAUGCAGGACUCGCAGCCCUUCUCGCAAAUGCAAAACAAUAUGACUAUGGGAAAUCCCCAAUAUAGUGCGAUGAAUGGCUACGGUCAGCAACGCAGUCACAAUCCCGCUAUGACGGGGAUGGGAAUGGGCGGUAAUGGCGGCAUGAACGGCAUGACUGGCAUGGGCCAGAUGGGAAAUGCUAUGAAUGGCAUGAACCCCAUGGCUCAAAUGGCCAAUAUGGGAAUGCAUGCGAACAUGAUGUCUUCGCAAAUGGGACCAGGGCAAAUGGGUGGAUCAGCCAAGAUGGGUCCCGGCUACCAGAGACGACAUGCUCCAUAUCCUUCAGGAACGAUGCUCAUGGGGUCGAGGAAAACGCAAUACAUGGGAGCCCAGCCUAGCUUUGGUCCUGGGCCUGGGCAAUAUCCCACUGGUUAUGGUGGUAGGCCCGGUUUUCAGGGUCAAUAUCCUCCCCAACAGCCUCUCGGUCCAAGUGGAAAUUUUAAUACGGGAAUGAGGAGUAACAUGAGGCAGUCGACGCCGCCAUAUUCAAACCAGGGACAAUACUUUAAUAGUCCUGUUCCUAAUCAAUUUCCCCAGCAUCAAGGCGGAAAUGGACAAUACGGUGGUCAAUAUGGAAGUCAAUUUGCCCAAGAAGUGGCCAUGAGAUCUAAUAUGAGUUACCAGCACAGUCCAGUGCCUGGAAAUCCUACACCUCCUCUUACGCCUGCUAGCAGUAUACCACCCUAUAUCAGUCCAAAUGCUGAUGUAAAACCUCAUUUCAAUGAACUUAAACCACCGAUCGGCAUGCAAAAUGACGAACUCAGGUUAACAUUCCCUGUAAGAGAUGGUAUUAUAUUACCACCUUUUAGAUUAGAACAUAACUUAGCUGUUAGCAAUCAUGUAUUCCAAUUGAAACCUACUGUUCACUCAACACUUAUAUGGAGAUCUGAUCUGGAGUUACAACUAAAAUGCUUUCACCACGAAGAUCGACAAAUGAACACUAACUGGCCUGCAAGCGUGCAAGUUUCUGUGAAUGCGACGCCAUUAAUAAUAGAUCGAGGCGAAAAUAAAACGUCUCAUAAGCCACUGUACCUGAAAGAAGUAUGCCAACCUGGUCGGAAUACGAUUCAGAUCACCGUAUCUGCAUGUUGUUGUUCCCACUUGUUCGUUUUACAAUUAGUGCAUCGACCUAGCGUACGAAGCGUUUUACAAGGAUUACUAAGAAAGCGCUUGCUUACGGCAGACCACUGCAUUGCUAAGAUUAAAAUGAACUUUAAUCAAACACCAAAUAACACUACGAACGCAUCUAACACUACAAGUGACCGAGACAGUGUUGAACAAACAGCAUUGAAAGUAUCAUUGAAAUGCCCCAUCACAUUUAAGAAAAUAACGUUACCUGCCCGGGGACACGAAUGCAAACAUAUACAAUGUUUUGAUUUAGAAUCGUACUUACAACUUAAUUGCGAGAGAGGGUCAUGGCGAUGUCCAGUUUGCAAUAAACCAGCUCAGCUAGAAGGUUUGGAAGUGGAUCAGUAUAUGUGGGGUAUCCUAAAUACUUUAAACACUUCUGAUGUUGAUGAAGUAACGAUUGAUAGUGGAGCAAAUUGGAAAGCAACGAAAACAACAGCUAACGCUGGAAUCAAGCAAGAAGACGAUAGCAAUGAUACAAGUGGCAAGAGAGGUAAAGCAGUGUCUCCUGGCUCUAUGAAUAUGCCAACAAUGAACAACUGGGACAUGAACCAAGCUCUAUCGCCUUAUUUACCUCCAGAUAUGAAUACCAUUGCAAGUGGUUCUAUGAUUUCCUCGUAUAACCAAGGAGGACAAAAUAGAAAUUCUGGGUCGAGUAAUCAAAACUAUGACUUUGGAAUGAGUAAUGGUCCAGGGAGCAAUGAAUACGCUGGCAAUGGACCUCUUUCUCACUUGAACGAAAGUGUCAAUUCUUUGGAUCCUCUAAACGCAAUGGAGAAAAGUCUCAAUGAACAGAUGCCGCACACGCCCCACACGCCGCACACGCCCGGCUCGGCGCACACGCCGGGCGGCGGCUCGCACACGCCCGGCUCCAGCCACACGCCCGGCCCGCCCUCCGUCGACCACCACCCGCUCACCGACGUCGACAUACCUGCCGACCUCAACUUCGACCCCGCCGCCGUCAUCGAUGGUGAGGCCACGGACAAUCUCAAUUUGCUUCCGGAAACGAGCGUGGACCCAAUGGAACUGUUGUCUUACUUAGACGCACCAGCACUGGGUGAACUGUUAGCGACUCCACCUUCAUCGUCAUCGUCCGCCGGUUCCCAUCCGCCUCGAGCGCCUUCGUCAGACGACCUCCUAGCUCUCUUCGAAUAAACUUAAUUUCAGAUUAAA